AUGUGUGACUGUGCAUCUAAUGUUAGCAAUGAAUCAACUGAAGAUGAAGUGAAACAAAAACCAAAUAAGGACAAAGCUUUAAUUCAAAAUGAUGUACUGUAUACUGGAAUGAUGUAUCAUGAAGAAAAGAAAGUUGGUUACUGGAGGGUAAUAUAUUCUGUAGUUAGAGAUUUGGAAGUACUUAAACAAUACAUUAGUACAAAUCAUCCUAAUGCUGAGCUUGGUAAUGACGUUGACUUUUUCAAAUUUUCUGAACCAAAUGGGAAACUUUUGUUGCUUUUAGAAACUACUCAACUACAGUUAGGAUGGACUGUUGAUCCUGACAGAGAACCAAUGGAGUUAUUUCAGUCUACAAUUGAUCAUUUUCCAUUGAACCCAUUGUACUCAAGCUGCAGUAUGUCAGUGUAUGCUAAACCUGGUAUUGCUCAGGAUCCACUUCAUUGUCCUAUUAAAUUAACUGGAAUAGAUCCUUCAAAAAUUGUCUACAUCAACAAAUCACCUCCUGCUCUUCCUCCAUCAAUGAGUCCUACUACCUCAUCCUCCUCUAAUGUAGUACAUGAAUCAACGUCACUAUCAUCCACUAGAGGAGCUAGUCCAUCAGCUACUGUUGAUGUCAAUAAAGUAAAGAAAGUGAUUGAUGAUGUUCUUGUAUCUCAUUAUGCUGAUCUCAAUUCUCUUAAGACGUCUCUCUCAGAUCUUGCCAGUCAGUUAUAUGCAGCUCAUCUUAUUAGUGAUGAAGUCAGAGAGACUCGUAGCAUGGAAAAGUUUAUUACAGAGUUCAAGGCUAGUCUUAGUUUUAAGAGGAAGUUACCUCAAGUGCAGGAGCACUGUCAAAAGUUCUUAAGCUCAUUCAUUGCUGUAAGAGGCAGUUAUGCUGAUGCAGCAAUAGCUUUAGGUGAGGACUGGAUUGAAGCUAUUAGAAAUGAACUGGGACUUGAUUUUAAUAUUAAUAUUGAUGCUUGA